UUCAUAUUCCACAGGUGUGGAAUAUGAAUUUUUAUACGUAUCCCUUAUAGCUUCUGACCGCGCUACAAAAUAGAAUCGAGCUUGCUUGAAUUGUUGUUACUAUCGUAACUAAUGUAAUUGAUUUGACAACACUUCGCAAAAUAAAACAUUUUUGACUUUUGCAGUAAUUUUGCAGUUUAAUUCUGACAGUGAAAAUGAAAUUCGAUGCACCCCUCCUGAAAUUCGUGAAGCCGCGAAAUUAGCAUCAUUGGAAUUACUUCCAGAGAAAUCACGAAAAAAUUACACAAUUGUAUAUAACAGCUUUAUGGACUGGCGACUAAAAAUUGGCACAAAUUCGUUUUCCGAAGACACUUUGUUGGUAUAUUUCAAGGAAUUGACAAAAAAAUGUAAAUCGUCUACAUUGUGGAGCCAUUAUUCCAUGCUUAAGAGCACACUUAACCUUAAACAUAAUAUGAAUAUAGAAUCUUACGCAAAAGUUCGAGCUUUAUUAAAAAGGCAGUCAGAAGGCUACCAACCCAAGAAAUCAAAGGCAUUUACUGGAGAUGAAAUAUACAAAUUUAUAACUGAAGCACCGGAUACUAAAUACCUAGCCACGAAGGUUGCAUUAAUAAUGGGAGUGAUGGGAGCUUGCCGCUCAAAUGAGUUAUAUGAAAUGAAAACAAAGGAUCUGCAAUUUUUUGAAGGUUGCAUAAACGUAUCGGUUCCAAUUACGAAGACAAAAGUUCCCAGAAAUUUUACUGUUACCGGAGAUUUUUAUAAUAUCGUCAAAAAAUAUUCAGAGCUCAGACCAUCGGAUGUAUCAAGUUCUUUCUUCCUAAAUUUUCAAAAUGGGAAAUGCACAAAACAAGUUAUUGGUAUAAAUAAAUUUGGAAGAAUGGGUAAAGAAAUAGCAGAAUUUUUGAAACUACCGGAUCCAGUAAAAUACACAGGACAUUGCCUUCGACGAUCUUCUGCCACUUUGUAUGCUGAUGGAGGGGCCAAUAUGACUGCCCUUAAACGCCAUGGGGGAUGGAAGUCAGCCUCUGUGGCUGAAGGUUAUAUUGCUGACUCUAAAAAAAAUAAAAUGGAUGCCGCCAAUAAAAUUUUGCACCAAAUCAAUCCAAAUUCUAUCAGUAUUUCGAAUGCAAAUUCAUGUCCAUCUACAUAUGCUGAUGGUGUCAGCAAUUUUACUAUUGAUAAUUUUGCCAUUACCAAUAAGACCAGUGAUGUAAAUAUUAAUACUACGAAAACACCUCCAACCAUACAUUUUAAUAAUUGUCAUAACCUUACAAUUAAUUUUAUAAAUAAAUAAACUUUAGUUGCCCUAGUAACAGCAAUCCAAUCAUACGCUAAUUUUAAAUAAUUCAUU